AUCAUUUUGACUUCUGAUUCUGUCCUCUGGGGUGUAGAUUAUGUCCCUCCCUAUUUUGUGUCACUUGCAAAUUGCAUAAGCAUACCUUUUGUUAUAUCUAAGGCUGAGUUCACACCACCAAAAUAAUUCAGGUCCUGUGUUGUCAAAGGCUUUCAUGGCCAGAAUACUGGGUUGCUGUGAGUUUUCCGGGCUGUAUGGUCAUGUUCCAGAAGCAUUCUCUCCUGACGUUUUACUCACAUCUAUGGCAGGCAUCCUCAGUGUGAAUGUUGCAAUUGGCCACCUUGAUUAGCAUCGAAUGGCCUUGCAGCUUCAACAAAGGAUUCCUCCAGGCAGGAAGUAGCCAGGCUUUGAAACUGCAAGGCCAUUCAAUGCUAAUGCCAUCUGCACCUAGGCACACCUCCUGAAGAGACUGGUGGACUUCCACUCCAUACAGCUAAUCUACUGCUUUAAGACAAAAGCAUGAGCUUUUCCACUAGUCCACCAGACUCUUCAGGAGACAAAAGCAUGAGCUUUUGUAGAUAUAAUAAACCCAUGUCUUAAGAUGCAGUAAAGAGUGACAAUGAAAGCUCAGGUAUAACACAUAUUUACACUGUUGUGGGAGUAGGAUGUAUGGUAAUCAGAAAGAUGCAAAUCAUGACACUUGCCUGAAUUUUCAUUAGUUAGCAUUGAUGUGCAAAUACAAUAAAUCUUAUCACUCAGUGCUCUUUGUUUCAAAACUCUCUCUGAGAAGAUUCCAUUUGCUAUAUGUACAGUGGUGAAUAAUCUUAUACUAAUAUAUGUAGUGUGCUAUGGAGCCAGUGUCUUUUUUUCAUAUUUCAUUUCACUCUAAGGAUGGCCUGCCAUAGAUGUGGGUGAAACGUCAGGAGAGAAUGCUUCUGGAAUAUGGCCACACAGCCAGGAAAACACACAACAACCUUGUGAUUACGGCCAUGAUAGCCUUCGACAACACAUUAAACCUUUUGUGAUCUUUAAGAUUGGACUCAGCAUCUUUGCCUGUACUCAUCUUCCUGUAAUCAAGACUGGCACUACCAUUCAUCCCGCUGGAGACUCAAGAAAAGAAUGCUGGGAAGACAUCUAACAGGGGCUGAAUGAAGAAGUAAAGCAGCAAACACAGAGCUGAGUCUAUGCGGUUGAAGAAGAUGCUCUCUUGUUUUAUUUCUCCCCACUGCCUAAAUGCUAAUACUGGUACUUUCAGCUGAUUUGCAGGGAUGUCAGCUGCCAACAUAACUCUGUGCAAGGAUUACAGUGCCAGUCAUCAACUGCACCUGGUUGGGUACAGCCUGAUCUUCAUAGGUGGUUUAUUUCUUAAUGUUGCUGCAAUCUGGAUCUUCCUGUAUUACCUGAAACUCAAAUCAGUAGUGAGCUUCUAUAUGUUGAACUUGGCUGUGAGCGACCUCCUUUUCACAAUAUCCUUGCCCUUCCGUAUUUACUACUAUUACAAGGGGGAAUGGCCCUUUGGAAACGUUCUUUGCCAGAUCUCGGGCUCUGUCUUUCAAAUAAACAUGUAUGGGAGCUGCCUCUUCCUCAUGUGCAUCAACCUGGACCGCUUUGUCGCUAUUGUCUAUCCGCUACGCUGGCGCCAUCUCCGGCGCCCCAAAGUGGCUCGGCUGCUCUGCCUUGUGGUCUGGGUGCUUAUCCUCAUGGGCUCCGUGCCAGUUGCCGGCGUCCACAGGACAACCAAAUGUGUGAAGCAUAACAAGUCAAUAACUCUGUGUUUUGAAAGCUUCAGUGAUGGCCUGUGGCAGAAAGGGCUCUUCCCCUUGGUCAUUCUAGCAGAGAUCCUUGGCUUUCUCCUGCCUUUAACUGCUGUGAUGUAUUGCUCCAUAAGGAUUUUUCAGAAACUGUGCCAGGCCGAUACCAUACACAGUAUGCGCCAGCAGAAGACAAUCCGCAUGCUUGUGGUCAACCUCAUCAUCUUUAUUAUCUGCUUUGUACCCUACAAUGUCAUCCUGGCAGCCUAUGGAAUGAUAAAGGCUCGUGUGAUCCAAGCUGAGCCAGCAAUGCGUGAUUCGGUGCGUCAAGCUCUUGUUGUCACUGUAGUAUUGACCAGCAUGAACUGCACUUUGGACCCUUUGAUCUACUACUUCAACACAGAGGGCUUUCGGAAUACAUUAAAGAAACUGAGAAGAGGGCAAGCUUGGGACUCUGAAAUUGGAACAGUUCAGAAUCGGGUAGCAGAAGAAAGGUCCUGCAAGGCUGCAAUUCGUGUCAAGCCAGGAGCCAAAAAAAUUCUAGUUCAGGACUCAAUCCUUCGUUCUGAGAGCUUGCCAUUUGCUCCCCCUAAGUUAUUUUUGAAUAGUCCCAUUGAAGACUCUGAAAUAUAAGAACAGAUGGACUGUCAGACUGGUGGUGAGCUAAAGUCAUUACAGAUCUAGUGCGCUGAAACUAUAAAAAUGUGAUGUUCAUAAUACAAAGUGCCUUAGAACAAAGACAGAUGAUAAGACUGUGUUGUUGAAAGCUUUCAUGGCCGGAAUCACUGGGUUGUUGUGCAUUUUUUGGGCUGUAUGGCCAUGUUCCAGAAGCAUUCUUUCCUGACGUUUCGCCCACAUCUAUGGCAGGCAUCCUCAGAGGUGUGAGGUCUGUUGGAAACUAGACAAGUCGAGGAAUCCUUUGUUGAAGCUGCAAGGCCAAUAAAUGCUAAUCAAGGUGGCCAAUCGCAACAUUCACACUUGCCUCAAACAGACAAGAGUUCUUUCUCCCUGGACAUUAUUCCACAGAUAUAUAAACCCCACUUGCCUAGCCUCCAACAGACCUCAAAACCUUUGAGAAUGCCUGGCAUAGAUGUGAGCGAAACGUCAGGAGAGAAUGCUUCUGGAACAUGACCAUACAGCCCGAAAAAUGCACAACUCAGAUGUUAAGACUUCCCCCAAUUUAGGGGAAUAGUUUAUGAUGUUAUACAAAUUAUCAUGCUAAUAUGUGAUCCCACUGAUGUAACUAUGCAUUUAUAAGCCUGGAUAAAACUCCAAUUGUUUACUAUAUGCCAACCAUAGAAUUGGCUAAGACAAGCUGAGGAUUUUAAGUGCACUGAUGUCCCACUUAAGUUCAGACUUCUAACUGCUGAACCAGCUGCUUGUACGCCUUCUCCAUAAAAUUAAUUUCUUGUUACUCCAGUCAUAGUUGAUUGAACAAAAGUCUGUUUCUAUCAUUGUUAUAAGAGACUUCCAAGGGUGUAUUUUUACCAACCAGGGAGGAGCCCCCGUUGGCACAGUGAGUUAAACCCUCCCCCAGAAAAUCCCCAGAACCCUUUGGUCAUCCACAUCCAGUUCAAAGUUACAUUGGAGGCACCAACAAUCAGAUCUCUCCCAGAGGCUUGCUGACAACAUCACUUUUCUAGUCACAUGGCUUUCACCAGAAAUGUGAUGUUGCUAGCAAGCCUCUGGAAGAAAGCUGCUUGCUGGCAGUGAUGCAUUGGUGGAUCUACUGACAAUGUGAACGGUAGAUCAAGCUGAAUCCAAACCUAUUCAGCUGUCUACACCUCUGAAACUGUGGGAUCACUUUGGAACUCCCAGGAAGUUCUGAAGGAAAUCUCAUGUUCCAUUGUUGUGGAGUAACAGCUGGAUGCAGAGCCAGAAAUCCAGCCGUGCAUUCAUGUGAACUCCCUAGAGCAGUGGUUCUCUGUGGGUCCCCAGAUGUUUUGGCCUACAGAAAUCCCAGUCAGUUUACCAGCUGUUAGGAUUUCUGGGAGUUGAAGGCCAAAACAUCUAGGGACCACAGAUUGAGAACCACUGCCCUAGAGCAACUAAAUGGUAAGUCCACAUUAUUGGCUAUGUAGACAUGUCCCAAGUCACUCCAUCAUCAAGAGCCCUGCUCAAGUCUUGCAAGCUCAGGGCAGGGCUUCUUCUUUAGUCUAUCUAUCUGGAAUGCAGUCUCCCACUGCCUUUUAUCUUAGCAAAGCAGUAUGGUCAUUUCUAGUGAGUCAUGUCUUCUGAUAUGGCCAAAGUAUGACAGUCUCAGUUUAGUCAUCUUGGCUUCUAGGGAGAGUCCAGGCCUGAUUUCUUCUAGGAGACAUUUAUUUGUCUUUUUAACAAUCCGUGGUAGUAAAACUCUUUUAAUAUACAUAAUAAUAAUAAAACACAAGCAUUUAAUAACA